AUGAUUGAAGAAGAUUUUCACGAAAAAACUGUGAAAAAAAAGGAAUGUUUGAUACCAAAAAAUGACUUUUAUAUACCUACAGAAGGAACUAUUCAUUCAACGAAUAAACUUUGCCAUUCAAAUUCUUGGAUCGCAGGAAUAGAUGAGGCGGGAAGGGGUCCUGUUUUAGGGCCAAUGAUAUAUAGCAUAGCAUAUUGCAAAAGUUCAUAUAAAAAAAAUCUAAAAAAACACGGUUUUUUUGAGAGACGAGAAGAACUAUUUAAAGAACUAUAUACAAACGAUCAACUAAGAAAUAAUGUAGGAUGGUCAAUACGUAUCGUUUCAGCACGAGAAAUUUCUCAAGGAAUGUUACGACCAGAUAAGUCAUAUGAUUUGAAUGCCCAAGCACAUGAUGCAACGAUUCAACUUCUUCAUGAAGUUAUCAAGCGUGGCUUCAAUAUCAAAGAAAUCUAUGUUGAUACAGUAGGCCCAUCAUCUUCUUAUCAAACUAAACUUCAGCAAUUAUUCCCACAAAUUAAUGUAACAGUUAAAGAAAAAGCAGAUUCAAUUUAUCCUAUUGUGAGCACAGCAAGUAUUUGUGCAAAAGUUACAAGAGACAGAGCGCUUGCUAUGUUUGCCAUUAAUGGAGAAACUUGGGGUAGUGGAUAUCCAUCAGACCCGAAGACAUGUGAAUGGCUUAAAUGUUCAAUCGAUCCUAUUUUUGGAUGGCCUUAUGAAAUCGUAAGAUAUUCAUGGCAAACAGCUAAAGAUCUUCUUGAAAAAGAUGCAAAAAAGAAAAACAAUUCAAAAGUUCAUGUUGAAUGGUAUGAUAAUUGUGAAGUCGAUAACACAAAAAAAAUCCAAUGUUAUUUUCAAGCAUCUAAAAUUACACAAGAAGGAAUUGAUCUCUCUUGGUACGGGGAGAACGUAGAACUUAGCGAUUUUUAG